UGCCUCAAAUAUACGGAUAUGAUAUAUUUCCCAAGCGAAGCAUGGCCGUGAUCGACAACCAAUUGUUGCACAAAUGGGACUGCAUGCGCUGCAUAUGAAUGUCUCUCAAGACGAGGAACACGGCUGGCCACCAAUAGUCAGGAAUCUCUCUCCAUCUCCAAGACGAACCCUUUGAUGCUGACCAGAGAGUCAUCAUGUAAGCUCUCGGUCCAAUCCUAUCAGUGCUGUUGCGUGUGAACGCAAGGGAAGUGCGGGGGGACGGAUCAUAACCAUGCCAGAUGACUGGAGUACCCGCCGCAACCACGUCUCUUCGUAACUGCCGCAUUGUUGUUCCCGUCCUCCUGUGCCACAGGCUUAUAUCAAUACAUAAAGCCCAUACCUGCCUGCCUCACAGCCAGCUUUGAAGCUUAUAUCUUCGUUCACCAUGCGCUUUCAGAGGACAAGUCUGGCUGAGCAAGCAGAGAGCAGUCAAACCAAAGUUCAGCGCGACGAGCGAAAAGCCCGUGACUACGAACGUCCGCUUACUUGCAUGUUCUUCUUCUUUGCUUCUCAAAUGAAGCGCAACAUCCAACCAGCGGACCCGGACCUGGUACGUCGGGGGAAAAUUGUGGACCAACCUACCCACAGGUUGGAUUCGAUGCUGGCGAGACUUGAGAUGCAUGCCGCUCUUUCACCGCUUGUCACAGAUCUUCAGACAUAUCCCGUUGAAAUCCCUGAUGCGCCAGCGUUCUCCCAGAAGGACCCGAAACCUUCGCGGGAAGAGGUCCACGACAGUGUCAUGACCAUCAAGUUUCGUGACAAGCGGGCGCGGGAGGAAUGGAUCGCGACCAAAGAAUGGCAGGACUUCAUGGCGAAGACUGAGGGCGAGCAAGUUUUUCGACGGAUGCCUCAUGUCAGGUGUGCCAGUAGCAUGAGGGGCUUGAUGGACCCACUCGACAUGCUGACCGCUUGAGGGUCUUUCGAGGGCCAGCAUGCUUCAACACUGACAAGCAAUCACACCUCACCAGUCCGAGGGGCUUCAGGUUGUCAAAUGAAGAUGGGAGAUCUUCCAGGGCAACCAUUACAGGACCCAUGCGCGGUCGAAGACGGCUGCAG